UUAAUCCAUCUGCUUCUUCCCCAAAUCAACCCCUCUACUUAACAUUUCUUCCAAAACUUGAGUUAUAUGGUCAAGUUAUAGGAGAAUUGCACCAUAUAGAAUAGAAAAUCUUUCUUAAUAAACUAGGCGACUUGCUAAAUCGACGCUUUCUUGUUCCUCCCUACGUUCUAUACGAAUCCUAUCAUCCUGACUAAUCUGAAUUCCUAUCGUGUAGAACUAUUAAAGGAGAAAACGCUCCACAUCAAGAGUUUUUUCAUUUUCAAGGCUCGCACACAACUUGUUCCUAUUAAUUCCAACACGCUAUCAAUCAAAGAUACUUCAAAUGGGACAGCAAAAGUUGGUGGUAAAGAUUAUGACAAUGAGCGACGAAAAAACUAAGCAGAAAGCUAUGGAGGCUGUUGCUGAUAUACAUGGAGUUGAUUCAAUAGCAGCUGAUAUAAAGGAGCAAAAGAUGAUAAUUUUGGGUGAAAUGGAUAGUAUAGCAGUUGCAAAAAAGUUAAAGAAAGUUGGGAAAAUUGACAUAAUUUCAGUUGGUCCAGCUAACCAAGAGAAAAAGGAAGAAAAAAAGGAAGAAAAGAAGGAUGAAAAGGCUGUGGAUAAGAAAUGAUCAAAUAGAUGCAAAUGAUAUUUACAUUAAUUAUAUUAUCAGUGCAAUUUAAUUUAUUGUAACCGGUUAUUUUUCUAAUUUUCAAGCAAUUAAUUUCACUUAUUAUAAUUUUUAUUUGAUACUGCAAAAUAAUUUU